AUGGCAAAGGCCGACCUGGAAAAUCUAGCCUUCCGGGAUACGGAUCCAAGUCACAGUUUUAACUCUCCUGUAUCAGCUAUUUCCUUCAAUCGCCGAGCACGACCGCCUCCCAUGGAUUUGACUACGCCGGACGGAGGUGAUAAGAGGAUUCCUCUGGCGGAGAAGAAGGUCCAUAGGAGAGCGUCGAAGGGGGGGCUACGUGGGAUAUUCACGAGAACCAAGGCACAGAUGGAAAAGGGUGUCGUUUCUCCAGUGCUGGAGGAACCUAUUUCUUCGAUAUCCAGCAGUUUCCACCAUAAAGAUGAUCGAGCAAGAGUCUCUGUAGAGAAAUCUACAACGAUUUCAAGUCCUCCGACUCCUGCUACACCGGUAACACCAGCUUCUCGACUUGCUCGGCCGUCACGAAUGAAUUUCAAAUCCAAAUCGAUGAAGCCAAAACAUCAAGCUCCAAAAUCGAGUCCAAAAUCAGUAAACUCCUCUCCUUCCCCAAGACGAUCUUCGGCAGCGUGGGAUCCGCCGCCAUUAUUCCAAGCUUACCCUCAGGCUGUCAAACAUGCGACACUAUCAGCUUCAACUUUAUCCGCCGAUGCAAUUUUGCGUCUGAAUGGACAUAGCAGAAAGCCUAGCCUGAGGGAAGAUAUUGGCCAACUGUUUGAGGAAGGUGCGAACCUGGACCAAAGCUCGACUGCCAUAAAGAAGGAAAAGGCAAAAAGCAAGCAUCGAAGGCAGAUAUCGGGUUCCAUGUCAAAAGCAGAAUGGACUCAAAAAAUAUUUGUUCUCGUAACGUCCGGAUACCUCCUUCAGUAUGCAGGUGACGGGUCCUCUGACCGUCUACCUGAAAAAAUGAUGCAACUUGGAAAGGACUCAGUGGCAUUCGCCAGCGACGCUAUUCCCGGAAAACAUUGGGUACUUCAAAUAUCGCAAGCCUUGGAUUCAGAUGGCGCUCCAGCCGCAGAUUCGAGGUCCCUCCUGUCUCGGCUGGCCUUUAGAGGAGCGGACCAUCGAAGAGCGGCUACUAGUUUGCUCCUAGUUAUGGACAGCGCGGAGGAUAUGGACUCCUGGCUAGCAAUAGUGAGAAGAGAGAUUGAAUCCUUGGGCGGUAAAAAGCAUGUCUCAGAGACGGGAAAAUUGAAACCAGACGACAAAGUCAUGCAAUUAAAAGCGCAACCAAGUCAUAGAUAUUUAGUCCAGAGAAGUUCAGAUGGCUCAGAUCCUACCUCUUCAACAAGUCCAACAUGGAACGAUGGCCCAAGGGAAGAUAUCUAUGAAGAAUUACACUCUGAUCUCAUGAAACCUCAAAUCUCUCGUUUUCAUGGUUCAAUUGCAGAUGCUGUCACUGCUCGGGAAGGACAAUUGGAAUUUUCAAAAGAAAGGACCAAUCGAUUCUCCGUGGUGAGCUCUGGGCAACGAACCUUGUUCACAUCACACAGUUCAUCUCCCUCCACUUCGCCCACAAGAGAAAGCUGCUCUACCUUAGAUGAUUUCAGCCUUUCGGGUACGCCUAUUGAAGAUGCACGACCAAGGCCAAAAUCUUCAGCAGCCAACGAGCGUCGGAGAUCUAUGCAGACAGUGGCUGUUCCCGAUCUUGACGUAAAUGCACUGGGUCAAUACAGGCCCCAUUCGACUUAUGGUGGGCCCGGUCGGCCUUCUACGACAUCGAAAUUUAGUGUUCCAAACUCCUCUGUGAAGAGAUUCUCUGCUAUCAAAAGCCCUGCCCUCAAUCACCCCGCGACGGAUUUUCCAGCUCCACUGAAAGUUACAACGACUCCGCUUGAGCGAAAGGACAAAGCACUGCCAAGUAUUCCACUGGAAACUUCACAGUAUACUUCAAGGCUUGCGACAACUACCCUUAUUUUUCAAUCUUCGCCUGAAAAUAGUCCCCGACUAAAGCCAUCCUUUGUCGAAAGUUAUAGUCGAUCUUCUAUCAAUUCAGGUCGCAGGUCAAUCUUAGUUCCACCGAGCUCCUCUUCAAAAGACACAUUCAUGGAAUUUCAAUUUCCUCGACGUUACUCGAGUGUGCAGCUACUCAGAGAUACAAGUGAAGAUUCACGAGACUGUAUGAGUUCCAAUGUGAAAGUAGCUCUCCUUUCACCGCCUCCUUUGAGCCCCCCACACAUUGGGGACAUGGUCAAAUCCAAUUACCUGACGGUUGAAAAAGAGGGUGCCUAUAUAGUAUCCUCUCAUGCGCAAGGCAAACUUCGCCGUCCCAAAAGCAUGCAAGCGCGAACUGGAGAAUCGUCAAUGUACUCUUCUCACAACCUAGGUCAAGUGUCUUUACAGCCUCGCAUCAUUUCUGAUGAUUUACAUGCAACAAACGCUCUGAAAACAUUGAGUUCGGAAUCCAAUUUAAGGACACGACACACAAGCUUGAGGCUACCCUCGCCGCCGUCAACACAACGGAAUCGGACAAGGGAGAGGAGGCUCACAGGACGACAAAGCUUGCCAGUAAUUAUUACAGGACCACCACCAGCACCACCGCCACGCUGUGCUUUACCAGCUUUACCAUCUCCCCAACAUGCUACCAUGUCGAGAUCAUCCACACCUCAAUUCCGACAUAGAAAUUCGGUAGCUUCUUGA